AAGUAAAUGGUGCAGCGAGUGGAAUCUGAUUGUUGGUCUUGCAUCGAGAAAUAUCCCACUGACACUGUUAUAUCAGAUUACUUGUAUUGCAAUUUGACGUGGAUGACGCAUUUCGGAUGGUGGAGACCGUAUGAAUGGGUGUGAACAACGAAUGCCAUUUACGAUCUUGGAGAAAUACAAUCAUUCAAUGGCUGUUUGGAAUGUCGAACAAGUGUAUUGUUUCCACGGCUGGAUGAGCUGCUGGCCAAUUAUCUGUGUUCCUGGCCGAGACUUACCUUGAUAUGAUCAUGAGGUUUGUUGACCGCUUUUUCUUCAUAGAAAUCAACAGUGCUCCGAAGAUGAUACACGUUCACCUACUUGAUCUUAGGAGGAAACAAAGCUUCGUAUCAAGACAACACUCACGCACAGCUCUGACUUUCACCGAGACCAUGACCACGUGCGAACGUUCGUUGGCCCUGUAGGUCGUUCACCUCAAUUACUAUGAAAUUUACAAGCUCAAACAUCUCAGGUAUGUUCGCUGCUACCACAGAGGAGCCACUAGGUGCGCGCACAACGAGAAGUAGACACAGUCAGAGAAUGUGAUUUUGAGGAGGAAGUUUGAGCACAACUCAUGUGGUUUUCUGCACUAGAACUGCAGUUACGGUUACGCUGUGAACUACAUCUGGUGAUCGACAAGUAUCAAGGAAAUUUCAUGAGUCUGUGAAGGUUGGGUAUGUCGCAUUCCGGAGAGGUUUUCGGAGGAAUAGGAAUACGGCUGGAAGUUGCGCAGAGGUUUGAAGCUGUCAGGCAUAGAUUAGGACAGAUUGUACCUUGCCGGUUUGUUGACAGUAGUCUGUACAGCUCGCUGGCGGAGUACUAUUACGGGAAAACUCUUAAGCCAGUUCCGAAGGGGCCGCAAUCUUGGUUCGCCGACAUUUGACAAGGUCUUUUUUGUGUUCUUUUUUAAAAAGAGGUUCAGGUAGUGGGGGUAGAGAAGGGAAUUUGUGCCGAGUUGUCGAUAGUGGUCUGUGAGUUGUACCGGUUUGAAUUCUGGGAUCGUCGCGGCGUGCUUGGAGGAAGGAUACUGGUGGCGAAUUCGUAAUCUAGCAGGCGGGGCGGUUUGAACGGAUUGAUUUCCUUAAGCCUGGGAAGUGGUUUGGAGGCAAACAUGGUGGAAUCGAGGCGUGUCCGAUGGAAAACCCGACUUAAUGUCUUCGUGUGGAUGAAACACUUGUUCGACAGGAAGCGCGAGGAGUGUGACAUUUACUUUGUUAAUUUGCUCUUUGGCUCACCGACGCAUACUCCUUCACCGACUCCUCCACGAACCCCUACACCGACUUCUCCGCCAAAUCCUCCGCGAACUUCUGCGUCAGCUUACGGCUAUGCACCAGCCGCAGACUGUGGACACAAGGCUUGGACGCGAGGUGGCCAGCACGAUAACGAAGCCAGUUGCUCAAACCCAAGCUCACUUUACUUCGAUCCAGAAUUCUGUGCCGAUUACGUGGAACAGCAUGCUAUACCGAGCUUACCACAGCUCAGACGGUCUGGUAUGACCGUUCCAGCUCAAACUUUUGAAUCUAAUUUGGAAACUUUCCACCCACGACAAGGAGAAGAAUUAUUUCCGAACCAAGGCAUGAGUUCAAGUGAUGCAAUGUCGGUGGAUAGCUCAGUGGUUCCCAAUCCGAUACCACGCACAUACGAAGCUUGGCUGCAUCCAUAUGCGGUCCCCAAUCAGUAUCAACAGACAUCUCCAACGGAUUGUGAUAUCUCCGUCAAUGACUACGUUAAUGAAUGCACUGAUUCGGAGUUUACUGAUGCCACGGAGAUAUUCUCGCAAUCUAAUUGCUCAUACCAGGUCGGCCAUCCAAGCGUGUCGAUGAUGAGCGUCGACCAAGUGGAGAACAUAGAGAGUCUGCGAGACACUGGCAAUUCUUCCACCCAGUCAAUUCAGACGCAAAUGAUGAGUCAGUACGUCAAUUUCCUAGAGAGGGAAUUGGGGUUGGCGGGGACGGCGAAAGGUAGGUGGCGUGCGAUUGCUUACCUUGUGAAAAACUACUCGACACUAUUGCGGUCUCGAAGACAGAAUGGAGCUAGUUCGAGUAGCAUUAUGGGCGAGGAAGAUUCCCCCAAAUACAAGGGGAUUCGGCUACGAAACAAUAAGUGGGUAGCGGAAAUCAGGGUGGCCAAAACCAAGAUAAAAGUGUGGCUGGGUUCGUACACCAGGAAGAAGGACGCGGCGCUUGCGUAUGAUGCGGGGUUGCAUCACUGCAACCAGAAGAAGUUGAAGAAGUUCAACUUCCGAGAGUCUAUUCAGAAACUUGGAGCUUCGCAGUACAUUAAUAUUAUCAAAUUACGUGAGGAAGAGAUGAAGACGGCAGUUAAGAAGCUUGCAGAAGAUCAUGUCAAAGCUUACGGAUCGACAAACAUUCGGUGAAAGGAAGGGCAUGAGCAUUGCAGUCACUCUUGGUAGAUAUUCUGCGGGUUACGUGUACAGUAGCAGCAUUGAUCGGUACCCACCAUUUUUAAUCUUCACGAUUUGUUUCCUAGAUAUUCCUCAGAGUUGGUGAUAAAGAGCAGUUUAGACCGUGGAUGAUGUCGAGUUAGUAAACGGAUUAUUCUUAGUUAUACAUGUGCGCAAUAGAACUGCUCAAGAAUUCAGCCGCUUGAAUUUUUUUUCUUGACAUUGUAGGAUGUCGAUUUGCUUUGCAAACACGGCGCUUUGCAGAGACUGUUCAGAAUUGACUAUGUCGCCGCUUUAGAAAUGUCGGUAGGAUUUAAAAGAGUGUGCCUCAAUGAGGCGAGUCUCUUGUGAACCAACAAUUGUGAAGCUAGCUCAAUGAUUUUUUUCUAAAAUAAAUUACAAUGCGUUGCGAGUGAAGCAACAUUGCUAAACCGCAAA